AUGGAGUUCAAUCCUAUUGAUCAAGAUGUUAACAAAUUCAAAGUAUCAGAUGAUGUAGGGGAUAGACAGUUUGAUUCUAAUCAUGGACAACGGUCAUACGGAUACAAUUACGCAGUUGAAGAUGUUUUGGGUAAUAAUUCUGCAGUACCAGGUGAUGGACGAGAAGCUAAUGCAUCUUCUGAGGAGGUGGUUGAAUAUGGUCAGAAAAAUGCUGCUAAUAGCAACAAGCCGGAGAUCUCCUCUGAUUUCGUUCCAGAUCCGCAACCGAUACAACAAACAUCCUCCUUCCGCUUUCAAUUCACUAUUUCCGCUCAAGCCUCCAUAGAAUCACAACUUCACCGUUCAAUAUCAUCUCAAAAUAUCAUCUUAGAUUCGAAUCUUAACCUUCUUCAAGCUCCUUCUCCGACUCAGCACAACCGCGGUUCCAUCGACUCCUUCGCGUUUUCUCAAGCCUCCGCCUCACUUAUCCCAUCUUCAUUCUACAACAGUGAUACCCUUCAAUACAACUCCUCUUCUUCAAACUUCCAACAACCUUUCAUUCCCUUCUCUUUUGAACACUCCUCUCUUCUCUUCCUUUUCGCGUUUCGAACAUUCCAGAACUUUCAAAGAACGGAGAACCGUGAGCGCCGUGAACAUCACCAACGCCACCAUCCCUUUAACUCCCUCUCCCUCCACGCAUCGGCUUCCUUUCAAUCCACCCCUUCCCAACACAUCAUGCAGCGCCGCUUUCCUCUUUUUCUUUUAGGUCUUUUCUUUUCCCAACCCAAUUUGAGUGUUACAGGGCAACGGGUCUGGGCCUGA